AUGUUACGCCUGCUGGCUCAAGCUGCUGGUGUCGAGACUGUUCACAAAAAGUCUCAAUCACCUAGCAGAGACUUUGUUGAGCCGCGUUCGGUUGAUGAGAGUCGUCCUAUACGGGUAGUCGUCAUUGGAUCAGGCAUUUCUGGGAUCAUCUCUUCCAUCCGAUUCAGACAACGAAUCCCCAAUGUGGACAUUUGCGUCUAUGAGAAGAACGCGGACAUUGGAGGAACAUGGUAUGAAAACAGAUACCCGGGCUGCGCAUGUGAUAUCCCCGCCCACACCUACCAAGCUACCUUUGAACCUAAUAAGGAGUGGUCAGCAUUCUAUGCUUCAUCCCCAGAGAUCCAUCAAUAUUGGAAACGGGUGGCACACAAAUUUGGCUGCAUGGAGUAUGUCAAACUCAAACAUCAAGUCAGCGAAGCGGUGUGGGAUGAGCAAAAGAGCAAGUGGCAGUUGCAGAUUCAAGACAUCGACGGCGGCUCAACAUAUUCAGACCAGUGCGAUGUACUUAUCUCAGCCACGGGGGCUCUAAAUAAUUGGAAAUGGCCCAAUAUCCCUGGCCUCCAUGACUUCAAAGGGAAGCUUUUGCACAGUGCUGCUUGGGACGAGAGCUAUGAUUAUAGCGGUAAGAAGGUCGCGGUGAUCGGGAACGGUUCUAGUGGGAUCCAGAUUGUCCCUGCAAUGUUACCGAAAGUGGCACAUCUUGACCAUUAUGUAAGAGGCCGGACAUGGAUCGCGCCCACAUUUGCUCGUGAGGAGAUAGAUAAGCGGGGUGUCGAAAUAGAGAACUUCUCGUUCACUCCGGAAGAGAUCGAGACAUUCAAGAAGGAUCACCAAGCAUACCAACAAUUUCGCAAAGAGAUUGAACUCGAAUUGCAAUCUGUCCAUGGCACCACUAUGCUAGGUACGCCGGAACAGGUUGGAGCCAGGGAGGUGUUCCUGGAGAACAUGAAGCGGCGACUAUCGAGAAAACCGGAGCUUUUAAGUGGUUUGGUGCCGUCUUUCCCACCUGCUUGCCGCCGCUUGACACCCGGACCUGGCUACCUCGAAGCCUUGACGGAAGACAAUGUGAGCAUCAUCAGCAGCAAUAUUGUCCAAGUGGAUGCCGAUGGGAUCAUCACAGCCGAUGGAACACAUCAUCCCACUGACGUUAUUGUUUGUGCCACCGGGUUCGACACUACAUUCGCACCGCGAUUUCCAAUUAUCGGACGGGGAGGCAUAUCCCUGGCAGACCGCUGGAAAAACACCCCGGAGACAUAUCUCUCAAUGAUGGUUGAUGGGUUCCCCAACUACUUCAUCAGUCUGGGUCCCAAUUCAGCACUCGGCGAUGGCAACCUCUUGCUCCUAAUUGAGAAGGCAAUAGAUUAUUUCACCUUUUGUGUCCAGAAAAUGCAACGAGACAAUAUACGGUCAAUAAUGGUAAAGAAAGAGGCGGUCGAUCGGUUCACGCGAUAUUGCGAUCAAUACUUCACCCGAACAGUCUUCGGGCAGAAGUGUAGCAGCUGGUACAAAGGGGGAGCCGAGGAUGGUAGGGUGACGGCUCUGUGGCCUGGAUCUUCCCUUCAUUCGCUGAAAGUGUUCGCACACCCUCGGUGGGAAGAAUUCACGUAUGAGUACGUGAACGAUAACCCCAACGGAUGGAUUGGGGACGGGUGGACGGAGAAUGAGAAGAACAAAACAAUCCACGUCGACUACUUAGAUGACGAUCAUAUUGAUUAUCCGAAACAGUUAUUGAAUACUGCCUCAGUGCAAGUGGGGGCGUGA